UCGACUUUCUCACCACAUAGCCACGCUAGCGCGAGCCCUGCCCCUGCGUCGAUUGUCGCGCACGUUACAGCAGGCUGCGCGGGGGGGAUGAGAGGGGAGCCGCUAAAGCCUCAGAGCGCCGGCUUGGCACGCCUACGGUUUUCGGGAAGGACUGAGCGCGGUAUCUCACCGCGCUGCGCGACUGCGACUUACUUGACUGUUGCGACUCUUACUACUAAAACUACCACACGGGUAUCUACAGACCAUAUGUACGUUAUGUGUGCAUAUAUAUAUAUACAUACGGUUGAGCGCCAAUCUCGGUGUAAAUCGAUGCACACAGCAGCAGAUGUAAGAGAGAGUCCUGACUCUUGACUGAUCAAUCACAGAACCAUCUUGAGUCCGCGUGACCUUCCAUCGUGGAUCCCAUAUGGAAAUUACCAAAAUAACACACCAAUCGCCAUG